AGGGAGCGUUGGCGGGGGCGCAGACUCCGACUCUGGACCCGUUAGUCAGUUCAGUCGCUUCGGAGCGCCCGCCAUGACUUCUCGGCUCCUCUUCGCCUUGCUCUUUUUCACAGUUGUGGCGAGCUCCGGCGGCGAGCGCGGUCGAGAAAUCCGGCGCCGCGUGCGCUCGACGACGACGACGACGCCUCUGCCGGCGACCGGCGGCGCCGCCGACGCCGUCGUCAACGACGACAAGCAGAUCUGCGAAGGCGAGCCAGGCUGCGAGUGGAGUUGCAACCGGGACCACCCGGACCCCAACACCAACUGCAUGUGCUCCUGUGCGGCCCCCGACCCGCCCAAAGAGGACCACCAGUCUUCCUACGACGGCUCCUACUUUGGCAAAAAGUGAACAAACGACCGACUUACAACGAGAGACCAUCAAGCUUUGUCGAAAUAGUCCCAACAGAAUUUGCCGGGCGCUUUUCCCGCCAAAAUAAAUAUGAAUUACUUUAUUGGCCUAACAAGAGUGUUCUAAAGUGGAUAUCGCAAAAUUUAUGAAAAAAAAAUAUGAUUUUCAUAUUUUAAUUCUUACAUAAAUAUUGUUAAUGUUUUAUCAUUUGUGAAAAUUGUAAUUUUGAAUUAUUAUCUUAGCCCCAUCUAAAUUGGAAAGGCUACAAGUUACAAGUAAUGAAAAAAGCAGAAUUUCACUUCCAAAGCUAUUUUUUUUUUCUUAAAAAAAUGUUGAAGUAUCUUGAUACUUCAGACUUUAAAUUUAUAUUUUUUGUUGAUGUCCACUUUAUUAACUAUGAAAAUGGAAACGGUGCUCCAUGUCAACAUGGUAAAACUUUUGUGCGAUUUCGCAAGAAAUUGCUUUAUUAAUCGCCUUUCCAAAACCGAAUAGAAAAUUGUUUGAGAAAGUUUGGCGCGAAAAUGUUCUGGCAAAAUCUUUUUGGGCGAAUUGGAAAUUUUUAAAGUGUAUAGAAAGAGACUUUAUGGAUUUUAUCGAAGAGGUGAGGAUGGGUGCUACCGACCAAUAUAUUUAGCAGAUGUAACUCAAAAUCCACCCCCAGCGAAGUGUUCAACAAUCGACCCUGAUAAUUAUGCAUAAUUUAAAAAACAAAAAAUGCGAGCCAUUGUUAACCACAGUCGGAUCAGACGAAUUUGUGGUCGAAAAUUGAUUUCUUGGAAGCACACGCCGAAUUUUUGCUAAAAUUUGAUACUCACAGGAUGGAGUGCGACUAAAAUUACGCACACAAAUAACUAAAAUUUCUGAAUUUGAUUAAAAGCCCCACGCACUUUUCGGUGAUUUGCAAAUGAACGGGUUUUGGGAGGGGAAUUUUCUAUAGAUAUUUAUGGUUUUGCUGGCAAUGAUUGUUGUUUGGAGCUGGAAUUAUAAAAAUUAUAUCACGAAAAUAAACCUUGUUGUCUAAAACGAAUUGUGAAUGAAGAAGAAAAGGCAUGUGUUGAAAUAUUAGAAUAUUUUGUUAUAAUGUUAGGAAGUGAUACUAAAGUGUAAUAAAAUUAAAGGGCAAAUUAAUAAUUACGUGUAGAGAGAGGAGAGGAGGAUGAAUAAAUAAGAAUCUCACGCAAAUAUGGCAUUUAGAUGCGUAGUGUAGCCGCGAAAUUACACUCUAUCUGCUGUAUCUAAAGUUUUUAGUCAUCAUUUUGACCUUUUUCCACACAAAAAGGCCUAUACACGCUUAUUUUUAAUAAAUAUGAGACGAAAAUCUCUUUGCUACUAGCGAUAAGAAGAAAUUAAAGAGCGCGCGCAAUAUAUUAUACUACAAUAAUAAAAACGUAGUGUAGAGCGUUUGACGGGAUUGCAAAACGGGGUCCGAGAGAUUUUUGCCAGAUUUUAAUCAGCGCCAGGAAAUAAUAUUUGUAAUCGUAUGGGAAAAUAAACAGAUGGUGCAUAACUGCAAUAAA